CAGUCCUGCUGAUCUGACACACACACUCCUGCUGAUCUGACACACCGCGUCUGAAGGCCGAAGGAGAAAUGUGUGUGUUCUGCGGUCUGAGUUUAACUCUAGCUUUAGCAGCGCUCACAGUUUGUAGAGCCCAGCACACACUCUUCCCCCGCGCCUCACAGGACAGGCCAGGAGUUCUGUGUCUGAAUGGUGGGACGUCCUUCUCUCUGUCGGGACGGCACUUAAUCUGUCUCUGUCCUGACGGCUUCAGCGGCUCCAGCUGUGAGACAGAUGGGUCGAUGUCCUGCUCUGACGGGGCCGGUCUCCACAGAGGUCCCGUGUCUAACUCAGCGAGUGGGCGGGAAUGUCUGGAACUGGGUCGACACAAACACAACAGCAACCCAGACUUCAGCCGCAGGCCGUGGUGUUUCGUGGAGAAGGAGUCUAGGAUCAUCCGAGAGGACUGUGAUAUUCCCCGAUGCACAGAAGAUCUCAGUUCUGGUAGUACUGAAGACAGUCUGACAGAUGCUCAGUCAGGCUGGAGGUGUGGCCAGAGGGAGGGGCGGAGCAUGAAGGUUGUGGGCGGGGCUUUGAGCGCGGUGGAGCUCCACCCCUGGAUGGCGGCCGUGUUCAGCAUGAGGUCUCGGGGAAGAGCGUUCACCUGUGGUGGCAGUCUCAUCUCUCCCUGCUGGAUCCUCACAGCAGCUCACUGCUUCCCUAAUGGAGCUAAGACUGCUCUCCAUAAACUGUCAGUAGUUCUGGGGAAAAACGCCAUAAAUGAGACGGACAUUGAGAAAGAGCAGGAGUUCAACGUCUCUGAGCUCUUCAUCCACGAACACUUCGACAACACUGACGGAAACUACGACAACGACAUCGCGUUGUUGAAGAUUCGCAGUCCUAGCGGUCGCUGUGCGAAAGAGUCCCGUUCAGUGAAGACGGUCUGCAUCCCCGGACCACAUCAUCCACUCCGCCGCGGGACGUCCUGUGAGGUCACUGGAUACGGCAAGGAGCGAGAAGGGUCGUGGUAUUACUCUCGGUAUCUCAGAGAAGCAGUGGUGAAGCUGCUGUCACAGGAUCUGUGCUCCAGUAAAGCGUACUACGGCGACACGAUCACAGAGAACAUGUUGUGUGCCGGGAGUCCAGACUGGACAGCGGACGCCUGUAAGGGAGACUCCGGCGGGCCGCUGGUGUGUCGUGUCCGAGACCGUGCGUUCCUGUUCGGUGUGGUGAGCUGGGGAGAGGGAUGUUCCCGACAGUUUCGUCCUGGUGUUUAUACUAAAGUGAGCAACUACCAUCACUGGAUCCUGGAGAAAACCGGCCUGUCGUCACUCACAGCUCACACACACCUGAGAACAUGAGUUUACCUGCGCUCAUUCACACACCUGAGUUUACCUGCG